GACGUCACUCACGGUGCGGUGAGUGUCUCCGUCGGUCAGGACCGACGCACCGGAGGAGCCGAGCGGAGCAGCAACAUGGCUGCAGAUUACUGGGAGCCAGAAGGACCCGAGACUCUGUCAGACUGAACCGAGCCGAAGACAACCCGGGACCGACCGGGACAAACUCUCCUGCUGUGGUCUCCAGGCUGGCGGCCCCGCCCCCUUUAGAGUCACGCCCUCCCCUGCCCCCUCGGCCCCCUCUCAUGGAGAGGAUGAGGAAGAUCAAACGGCAGCUGUCGCUCACUCUGGGGAGGGGUGGGGCCGGGGGAGGGGACCGGACGCUAAGUGACUCGAUCAACCAGGAAGCGACAUCACACAGUGACUCAGAGGUGAUGUCUCUUCGUGGUUCUUCUGGAAGUUUGAAGGUCCGAGGUUCCUCUUCCUCCGUUCAGUCUCUCCUUCAGUCGUACAGCAGCUCGCUGAGGAAACCUCGCGGCCUCGGACGCAGCCUGAGCUCCUACCUCAACCACACCGCUCGACUGGAGAUCGUCCAUGAGGAUGUGAAGAUGAGUUCAGACGGAGAAAGUGAUCUGGCUUCUUCUUCAGACGGCGUUCAGAGUCCAGUUAAAGUGAGACUGAGAAACAAGAAGAUCUCAACUGAGGACAUUAACAAACGUCUCUCGUUACCGGCCGACAUUCGUCUUCCGGAUGGUUACCUGGAGAAGUUUAAUAUGAUUGGUCCAGCGUUGUUCGAACAGCCAAUCAGCAGACGGCUGCGCAGAGUGUCUCUGUCAGAGAUUGGUUUUGGGAAACUGGAGACGUACAUCAAACUGGACAAACUGGGAGAGGGGACCUACGCUACAGUGUAUAAAGGUCGCAGUAAACUGACUGAUAACCUGGUGGCUCUGAAAGAAAUUCGCCUGGAGCAUGAAGAAGGAGCUCCGUGUACUGCCAUCAGAGAAGUGUCCCUGUUGAAGGAUCUGAAACACGCCAACAUUGUCACGCUUCAUGACAUCAUCCACACACAGAAGUCUCUCACGCUGGUGUUUGAGUAUCUGGACAAAGAUCUGAAACAGUAUCUGGACGACUGUGGAAACAUCAUCCAUGUUCACAACGUCAAACUCUUUCUCUUCCAGUUGCUGCGAGGUUUGUCAUACUGUCAUCAGAGGAAAGUUCUCCACAGAGACCUUAAACCCCAAAACCUGCUGAUCAACGAGCGGGGGGAGCUCAAACUGGCAGACUUUGGUUUGGCUCGAGCGAAGUCAAUCCCGACAAAGACGUACUCUAAUGAGGUGGUGACGCUGUGGUACCGACCGCCGGACAUCCUGCUGGGCAGCACUGACUACUCCACUCACAUCGACAUGUGGGGUGUUGGGUGUAUCUUCUAUGAGAUGGCGACAGGUCGGCCUUUGUUUCCUGGUUCCACGGUGGAGGAGGAGCUUCACUUCAUCUUUAAACUCCUGGGGACUCCCACAGAGCAGAGCUGGCCCGGGGUCAGCUCUAAUGACGAAUUUGUGGCAUACAACUAUCCUCAGUACAGAGCAGAGAGACUGAGUAACCACACUCCCAGACUCAGCAGUGAAGGAGUGGACCUGUUGUCAAAGUUCCUGCAGUUUGAAGGGAAGAAGAGGAUCUCAGCAGCCGAGUCGAUGAAUCAUCGUUACUUCAGUAACCUUGGAAACAAAGUGACCUCGCUAGCUGACACCACGUCCAUCUUCAGUCUGCCGGAGAUUCAACUGGAAAAAGAAACGAUCAGACCAGCAGUCACACCUGAUCCAGCAAACAGUCCGGCCAAGAGGCGGAGUCUGCUCUUCUGACAUCACCGUAGAGGCGGAGCCUGCUCUUCUGACAUCACCGUAGAGGCGGAGCCUGCUCUUCUGACAUCACCGUAGAGGCGGAGUCUGCUCUUCUGUUAUCAUAGUGGAGGCUGAGUCUGCUUUUUGGACAUCUUGGUGGAGGCGAGGUCAGCUUUUCGGACACCUACAGGGAAGGGGAGUCUGCCAAACAAAGGGAAUAUGAAAGAAAAGAAGGUGAUGAUGAUGAUUUUUUUCUUUUUUUUUUUUUUUAAACGGGAACAGGAAGUAAAACAAAGGGAGAAAUCUUAAGUGAUUGCUUUAUCAAGACAAGGAGAGAAGAAAAUGGACAGACCGAUGCAAUAAUGAAUCACAGCAGCCAUCCGAUCAAUCAGAAGGGACGAUUGGGUUAAAGCUUAUUUAACGGAACAUAUGUUGGAGUGAAUUCUGUCUUCCAUUUUCAGAUUAAACACGUAAGACUUUUAACGGGAUCCUGUAAACUACGUCCACUGAAGUUUCGAUUUAAAACGGCUGAAAGAUGUGAACGUUCGUCAUCAGUUCAGACAGGAAGUGCUGCAGAAAACCACCUGUUUUAUACUCUUGAAUAUAAACUGAAGGUGACUGAAGAGAGCUGAUGAAGAACGUCAUUUUUAAAGUUUAAAGGUCUUUCUAAUCUGUUGGAAGUAUUGAACAGUAUUACAUUUACACGUCGAUGUUAUUUAUUAUAAAAACAGACUGAAACUCUCAAACAGCUGCAGGAGAAGCCAUGUUUGUUCAAACUGAAAUCUGCAGAAAGAAAAGAAACUGACUGUUUUAUUUUGAAAGUGUGUAACUGGUUUCUGCUGUUCUGCGUGUGUGUGUGU